ACACACUAUUAUAUUAGUUAAUUACUCAUCCGCCGAACGGGGUUAGUUCCGUAACCUUUCUCGCGCGGCGGUCACCUUCGCUUGCAAGGAAAUGGAAUAAAUUAGCGUUUUCCAUAAAACUGCACUUUGACCUGUGGUGAAACUGUGUUUAUGUUGAAUUAGUGUGUCUAUAAAGUUCUCUAAAUGGCUGAAGGAAAAGUUAACGGGCAUAAAAUCGUGGAAGAUCUUCCACCAGGCAUUAAGGUCGAAGAAAUCGAGAUUCCGGUACCAUGGGGGCACGUAGCUGGCCGCUGGUGGGGUCCGCGGAACAAACAGCCAAUAAUAGCUAUACACGGCUGGCAGGACAACGCAGGAACCUAUGACAACCUCAUACCACUCCUACCAGUCACCACUUCAGUCCUCUGCAUCGAUCUACCAGGCCAUGGACUCUCUUCGCACUAUCCCACUGGUAUGAUUUACUAUAUUUUCUGGGACGGAUUGGUCCUCUUAAGGCGGAUAGUGAAGCAUUUCGGCUGGAAGAAGAUCAGUCUCAUGGGACAUUCUCUCGGAGGAGCUUUAAGUUUCAUGUACGCAGCGUCAUACCCCGAGGAAACUGAACAGAUUAUCUGCAUAGACAUCGCUAGUCCUGCCGUUAGAGAACCAUCUUCCAUGGUCAAAACUACGGGAUGGAGUGUAGACAAACUUUUGGAAUAUGAGAAGCUUAAUGACGAUAAAAUACCCAGCUACAGUUACGAUGAAAUGAUCGAUAUAGUUGUAGAUGCGUACAAAGGAUCGAUAUCUAGAGAAAAUAGUGAAACGCUUAUGAAGAGAGGCAUGUGCCCCGUUCCGGCGCAUGUGAAAAAGGGGGGUUAUCUCUUUAAAAGGGACCCUAGGCUUAAGGUGUCUGGUCUGGCCAUGAUGUCGAUUGAAACCGCUUUGGAGUAUGCUUCAAAAGUGAGGUGCAAAGUCCUGAAUAUAAGGGCUUUGCCUGGACAGAGAUGGGAGAGGGUAGACUAUUACUUGGAUGUGAUUGAGAAAAUGAAGGAACGAGCUGACGUGAGACUUGUCGAGGUGGAAGGAACGCACCACAUUCACUUGAACGAUCCAAAAGCUAUAGUUGACACUAUUGAAGAUUUCUUAGAAGAAUAUUAGAAUUAGUUUAGACUAAUUACUUUGUGAUAUCAUGUGAUCAGGUU